CACUCACUCCCCGCGUUUCCUUCAUUUUCCUAAAUUCACCAUUUCAAUUUUCACCAACCCUUAUUUUACCCCUGAAUUCACCUUGCAUACUUCAACCCUCCUUCUCCAUCGCCGCCGCGCCGCCGUCGCUCCGCUGCUUCCGUGCGGUUGUCGCUCCACUGCUUCCAUCGCAUUGCUGCUGCUGUUGCAGCGCUGCUGCCGUCGCUUCGUCUCUCUGCACCGUUGUUGUUGCUGCUCAAUCAAAAUUAGUUUUUCACUUACUCUCUCUCUUUUCUUCAUUGAUUUUUCAUCAAUUUUUGGAUAAAAAAAUUGCUCAGCAUUACUACAGAAUAGGUCUUCAAAGAUUAAUUUGGUACUAAUCAUUAAUCUAAUUUGGAUCCUGAAGCAACUUAAAAAGCACAGAAGAACCUAGUAUCUAAUUUCUUCAAUCCCUAAUUUCUCAUAUUCACUUCAAUUAUUCUGUAGCAUAAACUCAGGUUUUUUUAUUCACUACUUUUUUCAAUGAUUUUGUUUGUAUUGAGCGACUUUAAUUUAUUUUCUUUUGUUUUAGAUUGAAUCUUAAAUCUAUAAUUUGUUACUGAACUCUUUUCAAAUCCAACUUCAGUCUCAUUUGAAAAUCCCCUAUUUCAGGUGUAAACUAUGACCUAAUCGUAAUCUCCUAUUUUCUAAAUCCAGAAAUCCUGGUCAUAUUUUUUCUGGUCCUAAUCGUGACUCUCUGAAGUCAUGAACUCUACUAAGAGGAAAGAAUUAUUCAGAAAGUUUUAAUUUAUGCCUAGAAUUAAUCAUGUUUGUGGUGGCUAAGUCAUCUGAAAUCUAAACCAAAUAUAGGUGUUGUUGCUUUUUGCAUUUUGUGUAGGACUCAAAUCUCUCUAUUUCAUUGCCUAUAUUCUGAACAGGUUGACUAGUUGUUUGCACUUAUUAGAUUUAUUGCAAGAUUUUACAAUGACUAAUUUGUUGCCAUAAACUAACAAUAGUUAAAUCCUGGUCAUGUUUUUUUUUUUGUUCUAUUUUAUUUUAAGAGCUAAUAUGUGUCUAAGUUCUGUGCUAGCAGAAAACAAGUUUGCAAUGGGAAGUGGAGCCAAAACUUCAGGUGAUCUUCCUCAGUUUGAGUCCUGGAAGUCAUUCAAAUUGAUGGGUAGCAGUGCAUUUGUUGGGAAUUCUGAAACUUUGUGGAGCACCGCUUCAACCAUGUCCUGGUUCAGCUGGAAUAUUGGGGAGCAAAGGAACAUGGAGGCUUACCCGUAUUCUGCUACUCUGUUUAGGGUCGUUAGUAAUCCUUCUAGGAGUCACUUUUGGAACACUUUAUUUAAGAAAAGGGAUCAAAAGUCGAUGGAAGAUGGUCUCAUUUGCUGAACACUUUAUGUCAUUUUGAAUGGGGUUCUCAAAGAACUUUGGAUGCUGUUAAGAGAAUCCAGUUUGCAACAUGUUGUGGCGAAUGGGACUUAUGGCACUGUCUAUAAGGGCACCUAUGAUAGCCAAGAUGUUGCAGGUUCUAUUUUGCAUUUGCAAGGACAGCUUUUAAGGGUGAAAGUCGACAAAGUUUACAUAUCUUUUGAGGAAAUGGUUGCAUAUAUUGCUAAUACAUCAAUUUUCAUCUUGAGUGGAGUUGUUAUAGCUGAAGGAGUACUUGGUGAUGACAAUGUCUUCCAUCAUGACUCGCUGCAAAUUCUUGGUUCUGUUGAAGGAACAUCAUGGACCUACCUCUUGCUUCUCUAUGUUUAUGUUCAAGUGUCAAGAUGCAUCGUAGUUGGUGCAUUAUUUCCCUUGCUAAGGUAUUUUGGAUAUGGCUUGGAUUGGAAAGAAGCUAGUAUUCUAAUCUGGUCAUCAGGAUUGCAAGGGGCAGUUGCCUUGUCACUUUCAUUAUCAGUCAAGCGUUCGAGUGGCCAAUCACUUGAAUUGACUCCAAAGACAGGAACACUGUUUGUUUUCUUCACUGGUGGUAUUGUGUUUUUAACACUUAUAGUGAAUGGUUCGACAACACAGUUCGCUUUACACUACCUUGACAUGGACAAAUUAAUAGCUGCAAAGAAACAUAUCCUUGAUUUCACAAAGUAUGAAAUGUUGAACAAAGCACUAGAAGCUUUUGGUGAACUUGGAGAUGAUGAGGAACUUAGAGAAUUUUAACUGAUGCAAAGUAGUCAAUGCUUCUGACUUAAUCUUUGUUUCAAUAUGAGAUUUUGUUUUAUUUGUAGAAGAUACAAAUCUAAUGUCAGUAGCAUUAAUUACCAUUUUCCUAUAUAGCUUAUGGCAGUUAAGAUUGAUUUA